AUGCCUUUCGUCACGGAAGAUAUAUUGGACUUCCUUGAACAUCAAGUUGACACCACAACAGAAUUUAAGUUGUGUGUGGACAGAGAAGACCUUCCAGACAGGGGCAUUCUGCAGUGGAAAAGAAAGAAAGCUGCAUCUCCUGCCAGUACUCUGAAGGUGGUGUUUAUAGGAGAGGCAGGUAUUGAUACAGGAGCCCUUAGGAAAGAGUUUUUAUCUGAUAUGGUUUCAGGUAUUGAAAACAGAUUCUUUGAAGGAGCUGGAAACCAGGGUAAAAAUCCCAAGUACUCAUUGACAGUUUGUACAUACUUUUUAUCACAUUACUGCAUGUACUGGAUGUAAGGAUUUUAUAACUGAGAUGUUUUCUACCUUGCACACAGAACUAUUGGUGAAAUAAUGGCAGUCAGCCUGGCACAAGGUGGCCCACCUCCUGCUUUUUUGAGAGGGUGGUGCUACAGCUUCCUCUGCACAGGAGAAGUGGACUUAAAUUCUCUGUCUAAGGAAGAUGUGGCCGAUCUAGAAUCCUGUCAACUCAUCAGCAGGGUUGAAGAUUCUGCAGAUGCUCAAUCUCUGAUGUUGAACACUGAUGAAAUUAUAAGCUGCGGAUACACGAGCCAGAUCAACCUGGACAGCAAAGAAAGUAUCAUUCGAGCAAUUGUCCUACAUUCAACUACAAGACUGAUUCCAAUGCUGCAGCAAAUUCGAAAGGGCUUGGAACUGUAUGGCCUGGUGGACCAGAUGGCUACAAACCCUGAAGCUUGCCGCUCCCUGUUUGUUCUUGGGAACAUUAUUAAGCCUGAUGCUGAUUUCAUAAUGACGAGUGUCCAGCCCAAUUUCAGUGAAAAGGGGACUUCUAAGGAGAGAACUGAGAGGAAGAUUAUCAACUUUCUGCAAGAUUUCUUGCAGGAGGUUGAAAUUUCAGAUGGGGAGACAGAGAGGGCAGCUGGUGACGCAGAGCCUGUUGCAGUGCCACACGUGCUCCAGUGGAUGACAGGGCAGGCCCACAUCCCUAUCCUCCCUGAUGAAAAGAGACGUUUUAAAAUAACAUGCAACUUUGACCAUAACUGCAGGGAGCGACUAGGAGAUCACUCAGUUUGCUACCCAAUACGCUACUUGCACUACUACUUCCGCGUUCUUCUCAAUAAGGCUCAGUCAGUUCCGGUUUAG